AUGUCGUAUGUGAAUAUUAUCCUGGACACCGAAGAUGACAAUGUAGAAGAGACUCCUCUGAACUAUGACAUGCAGUUCAACUCGAUGGAGAUAUUAUUGUCAAUGAAAAGAAGAACGAAAUUUGAUACCCAGGAGGAAUUCAGGCUUGCCAUUGACAUAUUUCAGUCAGCACUUAAUAUUGGCAGGCUUGCCAUUGACAUAUUUCAGUCAGCACUUAAUAUUGGGAAUACUGCCAUUGACAUAUUUCAGUCAGCACUUAAUAUUGGGAAUACUUGUAGCAUCAUGAAACCAAGGGAAUACAUGUUGCAGAAUACUUGUAGCAUCAUGAAACCAAGGGAAUACAUGUUGCAUCAUAAGGAUCUGGGCUUAGAUAGCUUAGACAACGUGGAGAUCAUAAUGGCUCUAGAGGAAGAGUUCAAACUGGAGAUUCCAGACAAGGAGGCUGAUAAGAUUGGCUCCUGUGCACUUGCAAUCGAGUAUAUUUCUAACCAUCCUAUGGCAGGUUAA